ACUGUCAAAGAAGACACGUGUUUGAAGAACGAAAAAAAAACUUGAAAGUUAACACAGCGUGACAUCCGGCAGCGACGACGAUCGUUUGUCCCAGCGGAUUUGCAUCUUGUUUACACUUCAAGUUGUAGGAGCCAGCUGAGAUGAGUGGUCCUGAGGUGGCCAAGACACCAGGAGGAAGCGCGCCAGGGAAGGAGGGCAAAGAGCCGGUGGCCAACGGCCAUGCGGGCGACACCGACGCCAACCCCUUUGCAGAAUACAUGUGGAUGGAGAAUGAGGAGGAGUAUAACAGACAGGUAGAAGAGGAGCUUCUGGAGCAAGAGUUCCUGGACCGCUGCUUCCAGGAGAUGCUGGAGGAAGAGGACCAACACUGGUUCAUCCCGUCGCGUGAUCUCAACAAUCAGGGGGUGGAGCAACUGCAGCAGCAGCUCAACGGCUUGUCUGUCAGCGAACACCACAACAAUCUGGAGGAAGUGGCGAGGAAGAGCAUUUUGAACCCCGAAGCGAAGGAGUUCGUCCCUGGGAAGAAAUACUAGGAGUCCCCCUCACCCCCAUGGAGCCUUCACACACGUGCACACACAAACACACACCAGUCCUCACCUAUUCUCAAGAGACUCUGGCGGCCAUGAGUGAGCGCACUGAUACACACACACACACACACACACACACACACACACACACACACACACACACACACACACACAAACUCUCUCUCAAGAAGUACCACUGUGUGGUUAGGCCCAGUUGGGGGGUGAGGGGAUAAUUUCUCUUUUUUUUCCCCUUUCUUUUCAUUUCCUGUUUAUUUCUUGUAAACCGAGUGACAUUUUGGAGCGGGGGUGUUAACAUGUCCAGCCCUACAGUGGGCGCCAGUGCGUCGCUGCACUUCCGAAUACGUGUCAAGGCUUCACAGAGCACGCGGACACGCCUACUAACGUCCCCUGGGAAAAUAAGGCAGCUACCAAGGAGUGAUGCCAGACUCAACAACUUGAUCCCCCCCCUCCAAGUGUAACAAACUUGAAAAUCGACCUCACAUACAUUUUGUUUCAUCAAAUUGGGGAUCAACGCCAUGAGGUUGAAGGUUUCCAUACCGGUGAGGUGACUUCUUGUACUUUUGGGGGACGGGGUGGGCGUCUCGCUGCUCUGUCCGGCUAUCAAAGGCCGAUCCGCUCGCGCCUGUGAUGUCACGAGCUCCUUGUGAUGUCACAGAGCCUGCAAAUUUGCGGGAUGCUACACAUGUACGCAAUAACGCCGAUCCAAACGAAAUACUUGUACAGGCCUGAUUAUGUGGACGGGAGUGGGGGAGUAUUUGUUGAGGACCACAGACAUUGCGUAUUUGUUCAACAUCCCAACAAGUGUCCAUACUCGCAUCAGGUUUUGAAAUAGCCUCUCCUCCACUUUGCGUUUUGUCCUUCUCAUGCUGUUUCAAGGACGGGGGUGUUUUGUGUCUACUGGGUACAGUGACCUGGGGUGUCUGCUUAAUCGUGUAACGUCGGGAGGAGAUGUGUAGGGGCAUAUUGUCACCGUCAUCGUCUGCCUGGUUUAAACGCCGCUAAGUGGCGGACUGCAAGGCCUCUUGUGUAAUUGGUUGUCCUUUGUAUGAGGAAGUUCUUCUCGUGAGCCCGAUUUGUCGCAAGUCAUAGGAAAAGGUUGCAGGGGUAAAAA